ACCUAUCCACCUAUCUGGCACAUCGACUGAUCUCGUACAAAUCGAUCGGAGCCACCUUGAAGACGAUUUACCCUUUACACCAGCCGUUUGUUACGAGUCUUUAACGAAUGUGAGUAUUCUCAUGGAGUUUCAAGUGUUUAGUAUACAUGAGGGUGUAAGUUACGCUGCAGGGCUGUGA